AUGUCAGCGAUUGUGGAACGGAAGACGAUUUUUGUGGUUGGUCUUGGAAUGGUUGGGAUAGCCUUCGUCGAGAAAUUGCUGAACCUGGAUAAGGGCAAGAAGUACCGUGUUGUGACAUGUGGGGAGGAAACACAUCUUGCCUACAAUAGAGUCGCCUUGACAGAAUAUUUUCAGCAUCGCAGUGUAGAGAAGCUCUACUUAAACUCAGCCGAAUGGUACGCACAGCAGGACCCAGAUAGAUUCACUUUCUACAUCGGCGAAACUGUCACUGCACUUGAUUCAGAGGCACACACUGUUACGACUGACAAAAACCGGUCGAUCAGAUAUGACUACUGCGUCCUCGCUACGGGAUCUGACGCGGCACUCCCUGGUUAUGCCAAUCCCAACAUUCCCGGCGUAUCCGUCUACCGCAACAUCUCGGACAUGAACAAACUUUUAGCCUACGUAGAAAAGGAGAACGUGAAGGGCAUUGCUGCGGUGGUAUUGGGUGGCGGUCUUCUGGGACUGGAGGCAGCAAAAGCCGUAUACGACUUGGACACUGUCGAUAGCGUCACGAUCAUCCACCGCCAGGGCUUUCCGCUCUCGCGCCAGCUUGACCACCAGGGCGGCGAGAUCGUGCUCCGCCGGAUCGAAGCCAUGGGCGUCACGUUCCGUGGCAACACGUCUGUCGUACGGCUUGUGACAGAUGGUGACGGGGCACUGUCGGGGGUUGAAACUCACGAUGGCGCUGUCGUGUCAUGCAAAGUCGCAAUAUUCGCUAUUGGGAUCACGCCCAGAGACGACCUUGCGCGUGUCUCGGGCAUCAGAUGCGUCGAACGUCGGGGUAUUGCCGUAGACGACCACCUUGCGACCAGUGCUAAUGAUGUGUUUGCGAUCGGUGAGUGCGCGAGUUGGAAGGGGAACACGUACGGCUUGAUCGCUCCUGGUAUUGAGAUGGCGGACAUAUUGGCAUUCAACUUUACGCAGACGCAGACCGAUGUGGGGGAUUUCAGGCCGCGAACGAUGAACAACCCCGACCUAUCCACAAAGCUCAAGCUCAUGGGCGUGGACGUCGCAUCAUUCGGCGACUUCUUUGCCGAGAGACGUCGUGCGCACCCCAACGCCGAACACCCUAACGCCGAACACCCUGCCGUGAAAGUUUCAAUUCCGCCGGUUGCAGAAGCCAUUCCGAUCUCUCGCAAGCAACCCAGCCCUAACAAACCGCGCACUUGGGAAAUCACUGCCAACGCGCUGUCGUCUACCAGCAAGCACACAUCUGAAUCUACGCCCAGCGAUGCCUCUUCGCCGAAGAAGAGGCAUGGGCCUUCCGCUGCAGUAGCAGAGGGCCCGACGGAGGCGCUGACGUACCGCGAUCCUUUUGCGGGUGUGUACAAGAAGUACAUCUUCAGUGCGGACGGGCAGUACAUUAUUGGCGGGAUGAUGGUCGGCGACACGUCAGACUACAUCAAGCUCGUUGCGCUUGUGAAGAAGAGAAAAGCACUCGAGGUACCGCCCUCACAAUUUAUUCUGGGAUCCGGAAAGGAUGCAGACGACGCUGGUGCGGAUUUGGAUGAUGACGCUCAAAUAUGCAGUUGUCAUAAUGUGACCAAAGGCCGGAUUGUGCAAUGCAUCAAAGAUGGCGCGCAAAGCAUUCCCGAUGUCAAGGCGCAAACGAAGGCAGGAAAUGGUUGCGGAGGAUGCAUGCCAUUCCUUACUAACCUGUUUAAGGCAGAGAUGGUGAAGGCAGGCAACGCCGUGAGCAACAACCUCUGUCCCCACUUCGCAAUGUCUCGAGCCGAUUUAUUCAACGUAGUCAAAAUCAAAAAACUGAAGACGUUGACGGCAAUCAUGAGGGCUGUUGGUGUAAACGAGGAGUCGAUCGGCUGCGAAGUGUGCAAACCCGCAGUUGGAAGUAUUCUGUCGUCCCUUUUCAACGAACAUAUUAUGGAUCCCGUUCAUCACGCAAACCAGGAUACGAAUGACAGGUUCAUGGCAAACAUGCAAAGGAAUGGCACGUUCUCCGUAGUGCCGCGAAUCCCAGCGGGAGAGGUUACACCUGAUAAACUGAUUGUCCUGGGGCAAGUUGCGAAGAAAUAUGGUUUAUAUACCAAGAUCACGGGCGGACAACGAGUGGAUAUGUUUGGCGCACAGAAGGCAGAUCUGCCCUCUAUUUGGAAGGAAUUGGUUGACGCAGGCUUUGAAAGCGGCCACGCUUACGGAAAAGCGCUACGCACUGUGAAAUCGUGCGUCGGCACAUCUUGGUGUCGGUAUGGUAUUGGCGACUCCGUAGGAUUGGCCGUACAGCUCGAACAUCGGUACAAAGGUGUACGAUCACCGCAUAAAUUCAAAGGAGGUGUGAGCGGUUGUGUGCGAGAAUGUGCUGAGGCACAGGGCAAAGACUUCGGACUCAUCGCAACGGACAAAGGAUGGAACAUAUUUGUCUGUGGAAACGGAGGCGUACAUCCGAAACAUGCGACUCUGCUCGUCAACGAUGUCCCGCCGUCCAAAGUCGUCAAAAUUCUGGAUCGCUUUAUCAUGUACUACAUUCGGACUGCUGAUAAGCUCAUGCGCACGUCUCGGUGGCUUGAGGAGAUGGAAGGAGGGAUCGAGAAAUUGCGGAAGGUGCUUUUGGAUGAUGAGCUCGGCAUCUGCGAUGAUCUGGAGCAUGAGAUGGAGGAGCUCAUCGGGACCUAUCAAGAUGAGUGGAAAGCUGUCGUGGACAAUCCUGGGCGCCAGAAACAAUUCCGUCAAUUCGUCAAUUCGGAUGAACGCCAAAUGCAAAUUGAACAAAUCACCGAGCGUGGACAGCGCCGACCCGCAAAUUGGGCCAAAGUCUUCCCUUCCGUGCACCUGCAACACAGCGACGUGGGGACACCGAAGAGCGAGUGGAAGUGGCAGCCCAUGGCUAAGGUCCAUGACCUAACGCCGACUGAUGCGGGAACAACUUCCGCCGCCGUGAAGUACGGGGACAGCCAAAUUGCCAUUUUCUACGUCCCGCGACGCGGUUACUUUGCGACUCAGCAGAUGUGUCCGCACAAACGCGCGUUUGUGCUUGAACACGGCAUCAUCGGAGAUGAUCCUAAGAGCGGUGCUCUCUACGUGUCCUGCCCAAUGCAUAAACGCAACUUCACACUCGCCUCUGGCAAGUGUCUGAAUGAUGAUUCUUAUAGCAUUCUCGCGUUCGACGUUCGAAAUGAAGGAGACAAUAUCUUGCUGUUCCUUCCUGAUGCAGACGAGCUCGAUUUUGUCAUAGGGACCAGCAAAUGGAUGGUCCGGCAGACGACCGCCGAAUUGAUUGAACAGGGACACGAAGGCGGGAUAGAGAUUGUGGGUCCUCAGGAGGAUGCAAUUGAGGGCGGUUGUGUUACAUCCUCAUGCAAUAACAGUCAACUGGAAUGGUGA